ACAACGGAUACAGCUCAAGUUUGGUUUCACUGCAGCAGUAUAGCUCGUCCAACUUCUGAUACGAAAAUAGCAAAGAAACAUAACAAUCAAUUUAUUCCCUCAGGUUGGUCCUAUUGGUGUGGAAACUAACUGGCUAUUUUAUCCGAUAACAUCUACCUUUGUGGCGUUGAAUCAACGAGUCAACACCAAUAAAUUGUCCUACUGUGUUUUGGCGGACCAGCUAACGUACCAGUUAGCUGACUGGACAUCAUCUGACAUUAUAGCGAGCUAGCGCGAAUUGCUAGCUACUACGGAUACAAUCUAACGUUAGAUAUCGACUUUCAUUACCAAAGACUCCCAGGCACAAUGAGAGGUCUAGCUGGCAGGUAGUUGCACAUACAUAAAGGCUUUCUUUUGUAUGUGAGUACGACUACGAGGACAACUUGACUCAAUUGUGGGUGCCGGUGGUUGUUGUCAGAUCUCCCUGUCCUUUGACCCUGACCCCUGUCUUCAGCAUGCUGAUGGUGGGAGACAAUGGACGGAUGCACUAAAAUGAGUGUCACAGAGCUGUGUGAGACGGAUGACCUGGCCACCAGCUUGGUGCUGGACCCCUUGCUGGGAUUCAGCACCCAUAAAAUGAACGUCAGUCCACCCCCAGAGGUCCGUCGUUGGGGAUACCUCAAGGAGACUCUGCUACGCUUCCAACGCACACAUGACCUGCAGGCCACUUUCGAAGCCCUCACAGUGGGAGAUUGGGCGAGUGACUACUUCACUGGGCUGGGCACCCACCGCCUGGAGCUGCUGAAACAGCAUGUGUAUCGCUACCUCUGUGCCUUCCUGUUGGAUAGCGGUGUCCAGAUUGAGUCAUGUGACCGAUACUCUUCAGAAACGAAUGGAGCAAAGAUAACCUCAACUAAGCACUGGUUUGUUGGUGAACGGGUGGAGGUUCUGCUGGGAUGUAUAGCUGAGCUAAGUCCAGCAGACAGUGCGGUUCUGAGAGCAGGUGUGAACGACUUCAGUGUGAUGUACUCCACUCGUAAGCGCUGUGCACAACUCUGGCUUGGGCCUGCUGCUUUCAUCAACCACGACUGCAGACCAAACUGUAAGUUUGUUCCUGGCGAUAAGAAUGGAGCCUGUGUAAAAGUGGUGAGGCCCAUUGCACCUGGGGAGGAGAUCACCUGUUACUAUGGCGACAGCUUUUUUGGAGAAGACAAUGAAAUGUGUGAAUGUUGUACAUGUGAGAGGAAGGGAGAGGGUCACUUCCGACACAGAGAGAGACAGCCUGGGUGUGAUGAUUCAAAUGACUUGGUUGGCCAGAAGUACCGGCUCAGAGACACAGACCUUCGUCUUAACAGAGGAAAAGCACACCUCCCUCCUACGUUUCGGCCUACAUUUCUAUUUACUAAUUCAGCUAUCCCUUCAAGGAAUUCCUUUACCCAGCGGAUGAAAAGAAAUGCGUUGAUGAUGAGCAGAAAGACUAAAAGGUGGAAACAAGACGGGAAAAAGCGGCGAUCGGUAAUGAAGCAGCAACGGCUCAUAAUGCCAUCCCUGUCAGAGGUGGUGUUAAGGGAUCUAAUGGUUCGAGUGCGUCGCCACACGGUCAACUUCCUCUUGAGCUGCAAGGACCCCACCAGCAAAGAGAGGGCCUUGCUGCACCAGCUUGAACAUGUGCAGACGAACGAGUGGAAGAAAGAACAGUCUGAUCUCCACUGUACAAACAAAGAGAAUGAUGGAAAGGAGAAGAGCAGCAGUGCUUUUGAGUUGAAUCUAAAGCCUUUUACUCUUCACUCUUCCUUGUCUUCUCAAGAGACGGCAGAACCAGCCGUUUGUGGGCAGAUCCUGGGUGGCAAACCUGUACGAGUGUUGGAUAAAGUAUCUGUCCAGACAAGGAUCUCUUCCAGAACAAGAAGUAUGAUCAGAAACACACCGCAGUCCAUUUCCAGAGCCAAUAAGAACAACAAAAUCAUUAGCAAGCGCACUGACUUAUCCAAACCCGUUUGUGGAAAAGGCAGCAGUGGAAGUCUUCAGAAACACAUAGAUAGCUGUUGUGUAAAAGAUGCUACACAGAAUGACUUAAAAGAUAUUUCUGGAACCAAUUGCAUAACCAUCGGAAAUAACCCUAGCCUCAAUAAUGAUGUGUCAUACAUCAGCAACAGAACAUAUACUGGAGGAAGCAGACUCAAAGGCAGCAAGGCUCAGGGUGCAGAUGAGGAACCACUGGAUGUGGCAGUAGAAACUGUUAGAGAAGUGGAAAGUAAUGGGACCCUUGUGGAGAGCAAACCCACUGGUAAAAAAGUAGAACUUUGCCAAAGUGCUUUGGAUAAAGACAAGAAACCUGGGAAUCUUCAAAAACCAGUUAGAACUGCCCUUGACACUAAUGAUCUUACCACCGAUUCUGUGUGUCCCCCCUCACUUCCAGUAUUGUCAGGACUUAAGCAAGUCACAGUUAGCUUGAUAAGAGUGUCAAUGCCAGGAAGUGUAGAAGAAAGGGCCUGUCCAGGAGUGGAGGAAAAAGACAUUGUGAGAAUACAGAGCAGCAUACCAGUUCAAGCAGAACAGAUGGGUAGAUCAGCUACUCAAGGAGGAGAGGCAGAAACCAGAGUGUCCAGGUCCCAGCAAAACACAAGGAAAGGACGAGGCAGGAAGUUGUCAGAAGCUGAAGGUAAGAAAGGGGUGAGGGAAAUGUUUUUCAAAGCUAAGAUUAACAAAGUUGGUGUAGGGUCGGAGCAGACGACUGUGGUAAAGGGUGCUUUAUUACAUGAUGAAAAGGAGGGAGGUAAUAAGGUCAUUGAAAUACAAGCUGCUUGUGGGCUGGAACAGGGUAGUGUUGCUGGAAAAGGGCACAGCGAGAGUGUAAGUGACACUGACAUAGGGAGAAAUGAAAAUUGUAAAAGUGUACAAACUACAGUUGCCUGUGAUAAGAGGGUGCUUAGAGGGCAAAAUGAGGCAGAAAAACUGAGUAAUGGAAAAGCACCAGGAGGACAAAAUGGCAAAAGUUGUAACCACAUUAUUGGAAAAGAUAAAGGUAAGAAUGACAGAAUGUCUGAAAUGAUAAUAAAGAAGGGUAGCAUGCCCAUAACUAGGGUGAAGGAGGGUAUUGUCAUUAAACAGGUGAGGGUUCUACUUUCUGAUAUUUUAAUUAAAGAGAGGAAUCAGAAGGCUUGCAGCACAGAGAGUGGGAACACAGAAAAAAUUGAGAUAUCCGCCAAGCAUAAGGAAAUGGAAGAUGUCAGGGAGGCAAAUAAGGAUGAAGAGAAAGGGGUUAGACAGCACAUUUCAGAAGCACAGAUAAAUAGUUUGUCUGAAGCAACAACGCCAAGUGGGGAAAAUCUCAGAAGGGGGAGGGGGAGACCUAAAAAGAUGAAACCUCAUGAUCAUGGUGAAGACUUAAAGGUUCCCUCACCACAGAGUAAAAGUAAUGAAUUAGUUCCAACAGAAUAUAGGCUUCCCCAGUCUCCUCCUUGUUCAGAAUAUAUUCAGACACAUACCCAGGCAAACAUUCCUCUGAAGAAACGUAUGUUCCGGAAUUCUGUAGAGAUAGACUCUGAGCAGAGCAUCAGCUCUCCUGUGUCGGAGCCAUCCCGCAAGGAUGUCGAACCCUCCACAGAGCUGAGGCGGGACCUUACGCUCUGUUCAGGAAGAGAAACCAAAGCUACCAAAGUGCUGAAGGAGGACAGAGGUAGAGCUGGGCUGCGGUCUAAUAGUGACCCUAAAUUGACUAUUUCAGGGCUUGGAGUCAGAUCUCGGACACCGGCCAUCAAGAAGACAGCAAAACAAAAUGCAACGCCCAGAAUACUGCAUCCAACAGUCACUUCAGUAGAAGACCAACCACUGAAUAAUGCAGGAACGGAUAAAAAAGGAAACCAAGUGGUACUGGAACAUGUAUCUGAGGAGGACAAAUAUGGUCCAGGGCAUGGUGAAAGCCCACCAGAUUCUACAAAAGAACAUCCAAAUGAGGGGGGAAAUAAUUCUGAGUUAUUAAAUUCUGAGUUAAUAAAUUCACUGACAUCACAAACCUGUAAAGAGGAAAUAAGAGAAGGGCAAAGCCUCAACUUUAAAAUCCGUUUUAAGAGAAAGAGGGGCAAAGUGUGGGAGUUGGACAGACCUGUUGGAGGAGAGGAAUUGAUUAGUAAAACAGAGAAGAGUAUUGAUUCACAACAAUUGGAGCCUUAUAGGGCCAUUUUAGAUUCUGUAUCAAUCUUUAACCUAGAAAUGGAGAAGGGUGCCCAGGCAGAUGAGAAGGAGACUCAUGAUGUACGAUUUUGGAAGAGGCGUAAAGUUAGACGUAGCAGAUUGGGGAGUUUGAAAGAUGGUAGUCUGCGGUUGAUGAAAAGGCAGAAGGAGGUUGCGCCCGUGGACCCGGAGGUUGCGCCCGUGGACCCGGAGGUUGCGCCCGUGGACCCGGAGGUUGCGCCCGUGGACCCGGAGGUUGCGCCCGUGGACCCGAAGGUUGCGCCCGUGAAUCCGGAGGUUGCGCCCGUGGACCCGAAGGUUGCGCCCAUGGACACCAAACAAAGAAAAAAAGUACAGGGUGGGCUCAAUGAGCGAGGGAUGAAUGAUGUGCUAAAUGAGGUUUUUGAGGGUGUUAAACAACUGCCAAGAGAAAAUGGUCAUCCCAUUUUUGGCGAGAGUAUGUCUCACACUGUAGAGGGAAUGAUUUGCGAAGAGACACCAAUUCCUGAUGGGACCUGUGAAAAAGAGAUACCAUCCUUCAAAGAAGACCUAGAAAAUGUAAAGAAUAUUUGUAUUGGAGUAAAUCGUAUUUUUGUUGACAGUGGAACACUGCAUGAACCCAAAGUAAAGGAAGAAGACCAACCCUUACCGAGGAUAAAGUUGCGGCGAAAAAUCCAGGGUUUAUGGGAGGUAGACAGCCAGGAAUUAGAGCAGAGAGAAGCAGAGUAUAAAAAAGAUAAAAAAGAAAUGACAUGCGUUAAGCCAAAAGAAGAGUGCCCUUCCCAGCCAUCUGCCUGCCAGAAACUCAACAGUGCAACCAAAUGCAACAUUUUUAGAGACUCCUCCAGUGGUCAACCUUCCGAACCGCCCCCCCUUACUUUAUCUCUGUCACCCUUGACCCUUAACUCACCCCAACCCGUAGGUUCUGAUGUGAUUGUUUCUGCUCCAGAAACCGUAAACAGGAAAGCCAUGCCAGAAACCAAUUAUAGAGUAGGCAGGGGAAGGGGACGAGGACGAGGAAGAAAAGAGAGACAAAAAACUGAGACUCCGCGGAAGGGUGCAACUGGUGAGACUGGAAGUUCUUGUCUUAGUCAUAACCUGCUACAGAUAGAUAACAGUCUUUCUAGACUCUCUGAAGGGUUAUGCCAGUCACAGUCCUUAGAAAAAAACACACCUUAUUGCCCUCCUUCUACCACAAAAGUUCUAUCUCAGUCUCCCCCAUUCAGUUUUCCAGAAAGGAUGCUUUCUACAGAAUCCAAUUUUGCUACUUGCUGUGAAGAUCUCCUUGACUUUCAGUGUCUCAAUCUUGAAGGGUACUAUCAUCAACAGAACAUCCUUCAAACCUCUCCGAUAGACCUCUGUCCAAUGGAUCCCCCCAGUGGGCCGUUUAGUAGUCCCCUCUCUCAUAGCCCCUCGGACGCUUGGAAUCCAGAAACUCCUUACCUUGGCCCUCCAAGCCCUGGAAGUAUCUUCAAUACAGAGGAUCAGCAAUUUUUUAAUGGCCUCAUGUGCUCCAAAAAUGAGUCUCUCCCUUUGGAUUGUGGAGUUAAAGAUGCAUCCAAAGACAAAGGGCUGCUGAAUCCAAAUUUUAGUUGUCCAUCCCUUAACAGCUCCGAGGGGACAUUUAUGGAUCGUUUUCUGAUGAAAAAUCCUGGAAUGAAAAUUUCAAAAGAGGAUUCGAAGACACAAUCCUUAUCUUCAGCAGCCAAAACCCAGUACUCUGUCAAAGAAUCAUUCAUGACAAAUACCAAUACUCCAUCCGUCGGCUCCCAUCCCCAAAAUGUUCUCAGUCAGAGCACUAAUGUGACAAAGGUUAGUUCUGUCCAUUCACAUUUUAAGGUGCAGACCCAAGUCAAAGCUCCAGGUCCCUUCCAUCAGAUGGGCUCGUCCAACAAAUCUCAAUCUUUUUCCACCUCUCAACCGGUUCAAAGUUCCUUCAAAACUGGGCCACAGAAUUACAUAGCCAAGUCCGUCCAUUCAGAUCAAAUGGCUAGCAAGUUUGGCUCACAAUUAUUCUCUGUGGGAAAUCCUAAUGUGGGAGAUGAUUUCCGCAACAACUAUGACAAAAGUUCCAGUGUAAUUCAGAGCGUUCUUAAGUUUCAAGGAGGGAAACCAAGUCAGAAUUUAAACAGUGCUCCUACUAAAGUUAAUAUUUCCACCGGAAGCCCUAAAAUAUCAAAACCUCAAAGUGCAAAAUCUAGAUACGGUGAAACUGAAAAGGUUCAUCCGAGUAACAAAUGUUCAGCUUCUAGUCCUGGUGGUCAAAAAGGCCGCAUGUCCAGUUAUAGUAUCCCUUCAGAAAAAGAUGCUUUUCAUCCCAAUUCAUCCAACUACCCCGUCAAGUCAAAUCAGCACAAUGACAAAGUCCAUCCAGAUUAUUUUCAGGCAUCGAGUAAAAGUACGCCGACAACGUUUGAGAAGCCCCCCUCCGACAAACCCCAAUACACUGAAACAUGCUUUAACAGCAAGAACUUCUCCAAUCUCCCAAGGCCUUUCUUUUUCCCUAGCCAAGCUCCUCCAAGCUAUGGGUCCCCUCACUGCAGAAGUGUGAACCAGGACAAGCCCUGCUCUGCUGUGCACACCCAGAAUCCGCACUCUUCCUACGUCUCGUCCGUGUCGCCCGACAAACUGUGUUUUGAUUCUUCAGACUUUUCCUUUUCCACCACGCUCUCUCCCUCUAUAUCUCAGCACAAUAGCCCCCAAGUAGCCCACAGCUCUCCCUCUGGACCACAGGCACCAGCAAACAAACAUCUGCCCCCCUCCUCUUCCUACUCUUAUGGUCACCAAGGCCCACCUUAUGUGGUCAACUUUACUGGUGACCACUCCGUGACUAUGGGCCUGGGAGAUUACCCAGGGUCAGCUCCCACCAACUAUACUUACCGGUGCCUCAUGGAGCCUUCGGGCACCCAGGGGAGGCUUGUUCUGGAGCCCUGUGGACCCCAGCUCCCUCACUCACCCUCUCUCUCUGUGGGGGGCUUUUCAGGGCUUAAAGACCCGGAUGAUCUCUGCAAGAGGGACUCACAGGAGCAGUGCCAGCCUGGAGACCACCAACCAACGUCCCACCAUGGUCCCUCUUCCUCCCACUCUUUGAAUGCCCCCGUCUCAGACCGUAAGCCCAAGAGACUAAGGCUGGUGGUGACUGAUGGCCUAGUGGAUCUGGACCUUCAGUACGCAGACUAAUUUAUACUGGUCUGUCUCAUCUGACUUUGAUUCAGUUUGUAAAAUAUCAAUAUAUCAUUAUUGUACAGAAUUGUUCAAGGAGAGCAUACAUCUCCCCCAGUGUUUUUUUUUUAAACAACAAUUUACACAGUCUACCUGUCCUCAUGUUGAUUUAUUGUUACUGUUGUCUGUUCUUUUGGAUACUGUUAUGAUAUGAAUGUCUUAGACAAGAAUUUACUGACAUCUGUGGGGUUUGAGUAAGGCUUAACAUUUUUACUUCUAUUUAUUUUGUGAAUACAACCAUAUUUUGUGUUAAAUUCAGUGACUGAGGAAAACAUGUGAUGAAUAGGUCAGUCACUUCACAAUCCUUUUCUGAUGUGACUUUUCAGAGUCUGUUAUAGCAAAGGUCAGCCUGGAGGUGUGCACACUGGUCCCUCUGGUAGUAUGUGGAGGCCACCUUAUUAUACUGUAACAUAGUUCAAUGGAUUGUUCUUUAAAUACGAGAUGUGAGAUACACAAACCUUUUGUGCAUUUUAAAACAUGGUUACUUGACUACUUGUACUUCAAACAUUUGUUUUAAACUUCUAAAACAAGCAAGAUGUGCCUCUUCCAACAUGUUCCUGUGAUUUUGAACGGCAGGGCUUUGAUUCAUGUUGGUUUAAGUACUGUCUACUCUCUGUAAAAUGUAAAGUUUUAUUGGGUCUUCAUUCUGUUUCACAAAGUACAUAUACAUGCAAGUGGUUCCAGGAGUGUGGAGCUAUUUUAGGUACAAUGUGCUUUUUGUACACGUAUGUUUUUGCACUGCCUUGCCAAAUUGAGAAAGGAUAAGCUCUCAGUGAUGUGUUAACAAAUGCACCGUGCAACAACAAUGCGUGCCCUGUAGAAUGACUUGCUUGUUCCCGGACAGCUCCUCUGGAGGGGGGGCAUGCGUGACAUGAACUGCAGCUCUCCACAGCUGAUGUCUAGAGAACUCACAGUUUCCAGUGAGGGAGACGGGGUGGCUAGGAGACCGACUGCAGUGUUUUCUGCAGAAUGAGGUUUUCUUUGGUGUUGUGUAGGUCAAGGGGUAGGUGAUACCAUGCUAUUGGGGUGACUUGGACUAUGUGGACGCAUUUUGUGUUUCCACCCUUUACCCUCAAUCCACACUAAGAAUAUUUGGUGCUUAUGGCAUUAUUUAUUAUGAAGCAGCAUCAAAGCAUCUGUAGUGAAUUAGAAUUAUAGACAAUGACUUGUUACCUGGAUCUUUUAGUCUUGUCUAGCUCAUUACUUGAUUGGAUCGCACUGGUUAGGCUAGUUGUAGAUGGUGAUCACAAUGAAAUGUUAUCAGAGAAAUGUGUAGUCAGCCAUGUGGUUGCAUGUGUUCUUUUUACAUCCCAGAAUGAGAUUCACAGGGGAUUUUUUGAUAUGGCUGUUGCUCUUCCUUUCACAUUUCUAAUGUCAUUUGAGCAUUCCAUUUUCCUGAUCUAGACAUCAUUUCAGUAGCAAUUUAACAGAGGUACUCAAUAGGACUACAUAGCCUUACAUAAAUACCAUGAAGUAAUGUCUGUCUGUCUGUAUGUGUAUAUGUGCAUACUGUGCACAUAAUGGCCAAUUAACUAUUUAUUUCAAUAUCCUUAUUAAAAAUGGUGCUUUAUUGUAAUUUAAUAUUUUACACAUAAUAUUGAUUGUUUAAAAUAUAAAAGGUUGAUUUAUAAUAGACUAUAGAAAAUAUUGUUUAUUUACUGUUUUAAACACAUUUCAUUUAUCCUUCCCGACUUCUCCCCUGGAUCAACAUUUAGAGUUGUUUCUGGUGGUGUUGUAUAUCAACCUUUUUGAAGAGGUAACGUCUUUCUAAUGGUCUGCUGAACAAUGUAAAUCAUUAAAGACAUUCUUUUUUUGAA